AUGACGAAACAUGAAGUAAAUUUUUUGAAAGUAAAAAUUUCUUCACAUAUCGUUUCACAACCAUUUGAACGUCAAUCUAUAGCAAAAUCAUCAUGGAUCGAUGGUAUUCGUGAUUCAAGAACUCGACAAGAAUUAUACCAGCGAUACAAGAACGUAGCUGAACAAGCACGAAGCAAUAUCAUGACCGCUUAUAUAGAAUGUGCUGAAGGACAAAAACAACAAUGUCAACAACAAUGUCAACAACAAUAUGAUCUGGCAGUGAAAGAAAUCCGAGACAUUCAAAAAACACUACCAUCCGAUCAACCAUUAACAGAAGCGAUGCGGAAUCUAAUUCAACCACAUUUAGCCAAUAUUAGCAAAUGCAUCGAAUGUAUCUACAAGUUAAAAGCACAACUAUUUCAUCUCAAAUCGAAAAUUCAAUGA